AUGUGCUCUUCGAAUGACGCUGAAAGUCUUGACGAAACUGCUUUAAAUAGGCUAAUAUCCGGCUCAGUACCAGAUGAAGCAGUUGUCAUGACUGUCCCGGCACGUGCUAGCUUGUUGGAGGGGAAAGAAUAUUCAAUAACUGCUGGGGAGAUCAAAAGAAGGAUGGCGUCACCGGAACGUCUCAGUGUUAACGACUUACUCAAGAUACUAAAAGAGUCUAAAAUACCAGAAAAUACUAAAAACUUGCGUCAGAAACUUGAAGAGCAAGGGUUACUUCAAGAAGAAGAUCUUUACUGCGAGGACUUUGUACCAACAGGCUUUCUCUCGUUGUCAGAAGAGGAGGCGAGAGAAAUGGCUGAUGAUUUUGUCAAACUUACAGAUGAAAGAUUUCCAGUGGAGGAUUUCGCUUUACAGCUGGCGGCAUUUCCUGGAAUGGACUUGGAAACUGCCGAAGCGGCUAUGGAACAUUUAGAUUUCCUAAUACAAAUGUUUGAAACAGAUGGAGGAUUUGACUGUAAUACCUCAGUGAAGAACAGUAAGGAGGCAUCGCAUGGUUUUGCAAAACCGGCCUUCCUUGGCGUUUAUCGUAAGCUCAGAGCUGUCGCCUUCCAAUUACGAAAGACCUUGGAAGAGAAUAAGGCAAAUAAUCAGAUUUAUCUCCCGAUUAAUGGGAUUCCGGAGACCCCUGGAUUGCCAUUUGCGCAACCGGUAAUGAUUUCCAGUCAAAUUCCGCAAUAUUUGAAUUGUAAACCUGAACUGUAUCUAAGGCAGCAAAAAUCGUAA